AUGCACCGGCGUUGUUUAGGCGAAUUUAUGUUUUGCAAUAAAACUAAGAAAACGAUGGACGAAAGUAUGUGCAUGGAUACAAGUGUCUGUGAUGACGAACCUUUGACUCCUGGAAUUACCAUAACAGACUUAUGUCAAAGAAAAUGGCGCAUUGGAAAGCCCACAGGUCGUGGUAGUUUUGGUAGAAUAUAUCUUGCUUCUGAUGAUAUUGACAAUGAAGUGACUCAGGUAAACGCUAGGUAUGUGGUCAAAAUAGAACCACAUACUAGUGGACCACUGUUUGUAGAAAUUCAUUGCUUGAUUAGAUCAGGAAAAACUGACAAAGUAAGGGCCUGGUAUCAACAAUGCAGACUAUACCAUUUAGGCAUGCCACAUUACAUAGCGAGCGGGUCUUUCACUGAUGAAACUACAGGCAUUAAAUAUAGAUUUUUAGUACUGCCACGCUAUGAUGUAGAUCUCCAAAAAGUUAUUUCAAAGACUAAAACUCUGGACACUAAUAAUACCUCAAUAAUUGCCAUACAAGUGUUAGAUGUCUUAGAAUAUAUACAUGAUCAGGGCUAUACUCAUUCAGACAUAAAAAGCUCCAAUUUAAUGAUUGGGUUUGAUGGAAAAAAAUUCAAGAUUCCUCCGUUUAAACACACAUCAUAUGAGAAAAAUACAAAACAACCUGUUGUAUUAUCAAGAAGACCAAAAGGAGCUAAAAGGGACAAAAGUAGACAUUCAAACUAUUAUGACGAUGAUGACUUUAUUGUACGUCACACAUCUAACAAUGACACAGAUAAAAAGUUAGCUAAUGUUAAGCAGAAGAUUUCCAAAAUAUUGACUGAACAAGAUAGAAGUGUAUUUAGACAACCAGCGUUCAAUCUACGCCAGUUAAAAAAUAAUAUUAAUUAUGCAGAUAGCUCUAUAUGCUCCGAUUGGUCUUACCAAAAAAUUGAUGAGUUCAAUCAGUUGCCUGAUGAAUUAACACAUUUCAAAGACUUAAAUGAAGUAUACAAGGAAGCGGUUUUAUCUCAAUCAAAUGGCCAAGUAUAUCUACUUGACUUUGGUUUAGCAUCCAAGUUUCUAGACUCUCAAGGAAAUCACAAGGACUUUGCAAUGGACGCCAGAAAAGCACAUGACGGAACAUUAGAGUAUAGUUCAAGAGAUUCCCAUGUUGGGGCACAUUCAAGAAGAUCUGACUUAGAAAACCUUGCAUAUAAUUUACUUGAUUGGUUGACUGGUUCUCUGCCUUGGAAACAUACGGAAAUUCUUUCAAAACCCGAUGUAGUUCAUGCAGUAAAGAAAACCUUCAUGAGUGACAUAAAAUUUUUAUUAAAGACAUGUUUCAAGGCUAAAUCCUACCCCACAUGUAUGGAAAAGUUUUUACAUUACAUUACCAAAUUGUCAUUUACUGAAAAACCUGACUAUGAUUACUGUCGAAGCCUGUUUAGAAGUGAGCUCUUGAAAAGUGGUUACAUUUUUGGCAAAGAGUUACGAGUUAAUUUUGAUGAUUCUCCUACCUCUCCUAUAAAUAGAAACUGUUAUUCAAAACGAUUGGCCAAAAAAAACACACCCCAUGAUUUUCUUGUAAAGGGUGGUAUCAAAAAAUCUUUACAAAGAGAGAAUAUAAAUUCCAUUGAGAAUGGUCUCAAACUGGAGCUAUUGAAACUAGCCUUAAACACAUCAAGUGAUGGACACAGAAAACCUUGUUCUUCAAGGAAUUUCUUCGUUUCAGAUGCUGACUUAAAUGUUCGAUUAAAGAAAUAUCUUAGGCCCCAUGAUUUAUUCGGUAAAAAAUUAUCACCAAAAAAUUUGCGUUCUAAGAAAAGAACAGACUGCAAAAGUAUCCGACGACAUAGCAAUAACAAAGGCAAAUUUGGUAAUUUCAUGGGUUCCGAUAAACAAUUUUCAUGGGCAGAAGUAUUAGCUGGUAACCCAGAAGAUAUAAUACGAAAGGACCGUUUUACGCAAGUAGAACCAUUUGAUGAUGAUUCAACAUGCAAAUACAGAAUAAGAAAAUUAUCAUUCUCCUCUGAAAUUUCAGAUUCACAAUCGCCAUUGUUACAAAAAGAUUAUUUAGAUGGACUUAAUCCUACAUAUGCUAUGAAAGAAGUUAUAACCAAUUUGAAAAAGAAAACACCAGUAAAACCUUGUAAAGAUACAGAAGAAAACCUGGUUAAUGGUACAAGGUAUACUCCUGCUAUGUUAAAAGUUUACAAAUUGAAGAGGAAUCACGAGUGUAGAGCGAGAUCUGCAAAUGGCCAAGAAAUCAGAGUUUCUAAAAGAUGCACAAGGUCUAUGAGUAACAAAAAAAACGAGGAUAAUAAAACAAUACCCAGUAAUGAAAUGAAAAAUUCUGACAAAAGUUCAAAAGUUGUAAAGAAGAAAGAAAUAAAAAAUAAAAAUAAUGAUGUGACUAAUGCAAAAGAAUCAAUACGAAUACUUCCUCCUAGAAAUUGUAAAAAGUCUCAUCACCAGGAGGUAGAUAUCAAAAUUAAAAGACAGAAAGCAGGAAAUAAUGUCACAAUCCAAAAACGAAAAUCUACUAGGAAAGUCUCUAGCAUAUAUCCUAAGAAGGAAGUUUUAAACAAGUCUAAGAAACAUAGUCCUGUCAAAAAAACUGAUGUAACAAAGUUAAGCAACACAACAGAUCAUAAGAGAAAAUCUUUGAGAAUAGUUUUAAAGAGAUUAGACAUACAAGAUAUUUCAAAAGGAAUAAAGACCUGCAGUAAUGAAAACAUGACCACAACAAUAAAUGGAAGGAACCUAAGGAGUCGUAAACUUAAAAAUUAA